UGUAACCAUAAUACACUAAUGGUAUUUGAUCAUAAAGAGAAUAACCCUAUCAGUUGUAUAAUUUUUCGUUAAUUCUAAGUUAAAUGUAAAUAUACACAAUGGCUGGUAUAGAAAUAUUUAAUAGCAUUUUAAGUGCUGUUGAUAAUAAUACUAAAAAACCUGAACAAUUUUUAACCGUUCAAAAUGGUGUUGCUCUGGAUUUUAAAAAUUCCUUAAAGCAUUUAUACGACUUUACGAAACGGGAAUCGCAAAGAAACACGAAUGCCUUGCCGGAGCUUGUUACAGAAGGUUUUGACGAAGAGCAGAUCUGGCAGCAAAUUGAAUUACAAAACGAGGGCGAACUUGACCACUUAAUUGGUGGUGUUUCUAAACUACUAGCCAAAACCAAAGCGUUCAAGCUACCAGUCAGUACAACUAAAUUGAAGUCUGUACCUGAACAAAAUAAUGAAGAUCUACCAGAGGACACAGAGAAAAUGACUAAGGAAACUGAUGACAAUGAGGAAGAACUAAAAAGUAAUUUAAAACAGAAGAAAGAUUUAAAGAGAAGAAGAAAGAAAUCAUCUAUAGUGGAUGAUAAGUUUUUUAAAUUGGAAGAGUUAGAUGAGUACCUAACGAAAGAAGAAAGGAAAGAAAAACAGAAUGUAAGGAACGAAGAAAAUUCUGACGAUGAAUCUGUAGAUUUGUUCAAUGAUUUUUCUGAUGAUAAUGAUGACAAAAUUGAGAAGGCAGAACUGUUGAAGUAUGCAGAUUUCUUCGAUAGUCCACAGAGUGAAGGUGAAGAAGAAUCUAAUAAUUCCAUACAACACAAGCGUAAAAGGUCUGAGGAUAAUGAAUCAUUAGAUAAUGAUAGUAAUUCAGAUAAUGAAUCACUAGAUAAUGAUAGUAAUUUGGAUAAUGAAUUACUAGAUAAUGAUAGUAAUUCGGAUAAUGAAAUGGAUAUAGAUAGUGAAAUAGAAGAUCAAAAGUCUUCCAAGAAAAAGGUUACGUUUAACCUUACGAAUGACUCUGAUGAGUCAGAUAGUUUAGAAAGUAAGAAUAUGAAGUUGAAAGAAAAUACAGAAGUUAAAUCUUCCUUAGAAAUGCGCCAAGAAAGAUUAAAAACAAAGAUUGAAAAGUUGGAAAAGGAAGCUAUAAGUGACAAACCUUGGCAACUGAAAGGUGAAGUCACUGCAACAAACAGACCGCAAAAUUCCUUGCUGGAGGAAUUUGUAGAAUUUGAUAUUACAACCAGACCUGCCCCUGUAAUUACUGAGCAAACAACAUUAAAACUAGAAGAUAUAAUUAAACAAAGAAUAAAAGAUAAAGCUUGGGAUGAUGUUGAGAAGAAGUUUAAACCAGUUGAGACUCCAUUGGAAUAUAAGAAGAAAUUGAUCUUGAAUCAGGAAAAAAGUAAAGAAAGUUUAUCUCAAAUAUACGAAAAUGAGUACCUUAGACAGAAGGAAGCAUUAAAUCCAGAUAACAAUGAGAAAGAAGAGGAAGAACCAAAGUUGCAUACAGAAGUUCGUGAAAUGAUGAAUUCCUUGUUCUUCAAGUUGGAUGCUUUGUCCAAUUUCCACUUCACUCCAAGACUGGUCAAACCGGAGAUUAGAGUGAUUAAUAAUAUGCCUGCAAUCAACAUGGAAGAAGUGGCUCCAGUUGGACUGAGCGAUGCUGCUUUAUUAGCACCAGAAGAAAUUAAAGCUAAACCACGAGGUGAUAUGAUUGGUAAGACGGAAAGAACCAAAACAGAUAUGAAACGAGAACGAAGACGUAAGAAGAUGAGACAACAUGCUAGAAAAGAAGCCAUGGAGCAAAAGGAGAAAUUAAAUGCGCUUAAACCAGGCGUUGCUAAGAAAUAUAAGAAAGAAAAGGCGCAAGAGUUGGCAAAGAAAUUGAGCAAAAAUCGAAAUAUCAUAAAAAUGGACGAGUCAAGUUUAAAAGCUCCCAAAUCCUCUACAGCCUUCUUUAAUCAACUACAAGAUGAAGUGAAGAGUCACAUUAAAGCAAAGACUGAUACUGAUGGCUCGAAGAAACAGAAAAAUGUUUUAUCUGCGAUAAAAUUAAAAUUAUAAUUUUUGUACAAAGUUAUUUAAAUACAAGUUAAAAAUGUUGUA